CCAUCACGGGCCUGAAACAAUUCAGCUGAGCCUCCUGUUUGUGAGCUCUUUGGGUCUGUGCUGGGGCCGUAUCCUGAGCUCCAUCCUGCACAGGUCCUGGGAACACAGAGGAGGCUGAGCCCAUGCACUGGGAGCUUGUACAGGUACAUUGGCACCUGCACGUGGCUGGAGACACAUGCAUUCUCUAUGCCCUGGGGGGGGGAGGCACCCAGCAGAGGGAGCUUGGGGCAUUUCCUUUGUCUCUCCUGUUAUCUUCACCCCCUCCCGCAGGUGUGCACAGCCCGCUCCUCCUGUCGCUGCUGAUGGGGAUGUUGUGUUGCCAAUCCCUGCGAAACCUCCGGCCCCGACUUCCACCCUUCUCUCAAAACAACUCAAGGACGUGCAUCCCUACAACAACCCAAAGGAAACAGCUUCACAGUUUGGCGGGACAGCGGCCGUGUUUCGCAGGGGAGGUGUGUUGUGUGUUGGCCACUCAAGGCCACCGCUUUUAAAAGGGAGACACAGUCCUCCCUCACACAGAGCUCUGCCGAGAAAGGGAACCCCUGGAGCAGAGGCUGUGCUGGGGCAGAGCUUCUCAGAGGAGAUGGGACUUGGAGCAAGGAGGGAAAAUGAGAGCAGAGAGCGACCUGGCUCGGCAGUGAGGCUGAAGAUGACCGUAGCUUCUCACCUCCUCCCUGAGCUUGCAGCAAGCUGCACACAGGCUGACGGCUCCAGCUUGCAGCCCUGGCCCCUGGGGGGGCUGGAGGGCCCCGUGUGCCGCCUGAAGAUGGAGCGCAACAAGGUGCCCCCAUCCCACCUGGAGGUGGUGGGGGUCCUCACCCGCUAUGAGAGCGCCUUCAUCAAGGUGCUGCACGCCGGCUGGGAGCACCGCAGCCCUGAGACCUUUGGGCUGUGCCCAGGUGAGGAUGCACAGUCUGUUCUCCGACCACUGCAGCAGCUCCAGGAGCACCUGGUGGGGCCCGGCAUGAGGCUGCAGCGCUUCCUCGUCCUGCACCUGGAGGAAGUGAAGUGGGAAGCAAAGGCCCGGCUCUGGUUCAGGCUGCCGUUCCAGGCGGAGGUUGGGCGGGUGCUGGGAGAGCUGCACGUCGCUCUGCUGCUCUUCUACCCGGGCAGCCCCACGGGGCGAGGGGCUGAGGGCCGCCAGGAGCUGCUGGUGGAGGGCAUGGGGCUGACACAGGAGCAGAGCCUUUGCUUCACUAGGGACACCCAGUACCUGCUCCUCAGAGCCUCGGUGGCUUCCGUGACCAGCAGCAGCAAGGAGCUGAGCUUCCAGGUGUCCCUGACCAUCAGACACCAUGGGGAUGGAGGUGCCCCUCUGUCCCUCAUGGAGACCCAGAAGCUCCUCUUUGGCUCGGAUGAGAAGUGUUUCACCAGGAUGACUCCGGUGCUGCUCCUGCUGGCUGGGUCACCACCUGGGGAUGAUACUGCAGGCCCUUCCUCCUAUCUCUCUGCCAGUGGAGUGGUGGAUGUGGCUCCCUACCCGCAGCUCAGCCCACCCUAUCCUGGCACCGCAGAGCUGCCACCCCACACCACUGCCAGCCCAUCCAACACCACAUCCCCAACACUGGGGGACAGCGGGCAGUUCCUGGGUGUGCUGACCCUCUUCAUCCGCCGGGUGCUGAGCCCCCGCAGCGAGCCGCCCACCCAGCCCAGCUCCCAGCACUGGUUGGACUUCCAGAUGAUGGAGACUCUCCCACAUCAACUGCUCAACCUGUCAGAGACGGCUGCCCUGGAGCGCCUGGUGCAGUCGGAGGAGCCCUCGGUGCUGCUUUUCCCCCAGGAGGGCAACGUGGGGCUGGAGCAGCAUUUUGGAGACUGGCAGCCGGAGGGGACGGUGCUGCAGCUGCUGAUGGGCAAACUGCAGGCGGUGAUCCAUGAGCUGAGGGACAUCCCGGAGUUCCAAGCCAACACGGGGCUCUUCCAGCACCUCCUCAGCUUCUGCUACCACCCACCGGGGCCGGCUGUGGGCGGGCAGCCCCCAGGCUCAGGGAAGCUGCAUGCAUUGCUGCUUCUAAAGGCGCUGCAAACAGUGCGGGCGCGCUGGCAGGAGAGGAGGAAAGUCCUGCGUCAGAACCGCAGCGCUCGGCACCAGGCGCACUGCAGGCUGCAGGAGCUGACCAUCGACCUGCGCGACCGCAACUUCAUCGUCAUGCCCACCGUCUACGCAGCCAACAACUGCGAGGGGCCCUGCAAGUUGCCCCUGUCCACCCGCGUGCCCGGUUACCACUCGCACACCGUGCUGCUGCUGGGCAUGCAGGAGCGGGGCUCGCCGCUGCAGCGCGCUCCAUGCUGCGUGCCCAUCCGUUACUCGGACCAGCUCAUCAUCAGCGUGUCGGCGGAGGGGCUGGAGGUGCGCAAGUUCCCCAACAUGGUGGCGGAGGAAUGCGGCUGUCGGUAGAGGUUCCCACCUGCAGCCCCUUUGUGGUGCUCCUGGCUGAGAUGGGAGCAUCCCUCUAAGUGCUUUUUCCUCUGGUUUGCCUCCUCGCCUUGCUCUGGUUCUGUUUAUAUUCUGUGGGGCUGCUCUACAGCAAAACCCACAGCUCACUCUGCCCAUCUACAUGCUUGGCUGUGGCAAUGGCUGCAGUGCUGGGCCUGCUGCUGGGUGCUGCUCCAUGCUGUCACCACUCCCCAGAGCACAGCAGAUCCCAUUACAUGUCCUAAUGUUAAUAGUGUUAAUGACAUCAGCACGCAGAGCCCAGCUCCUCUGUGCCAGCUCCCAGCUGAGCUCUAUGGGACCCCACCACCCUGCUGAGCCCCUGUGGUGGGACAGGAGCGCAGCCCCCCACCCCAUCCCUCUGUGCUCUGCAUUCUUCUUUUCACAACACACAAAGGUAUCCAGAAACAUGGUACAUAUAUAUAUAUAUAUAUAUAUUAAGACAUUUAAUACCUUCUUAAAAAUGAACAUCAGUUUGUUUUAACCACUAUUGGUUUAGUGAAUGAAUACUCAAACCUGCUGCAGUCCCGGUCCCCUGCAGUUGCAGGACCUGAGCUCUGGUUUCAAAGCUUUGGGCCUCCUGCAUUGGGGCUGUGUGUCCGUGCUCUGAGGACAGCUUGGCUUCAUUCAUCCACAACACACUUCCCUCUUUGAUUUGUUUUUCAAUAAAACCAUUCACUGAAUUCAAGAGCUA